AUGAACAGCCAAAACCUCCACGGCCGCAACGGCGGGCCGCCCUUUGACCGCGACCGCGACAUGGAGGAGCGCCACCGGGCCAUCCAGCAGCAUGAGGAGAUGCGCCGCGACCAGGAGCGUGAGCGGGAGCGCGAGCGCGAGCGAGACCGAGAGGCGGGCGACCGCUACCCGCCGGCCCCCCAUCAGAGCACCGCCGGCUCGAUACCCAUCCACCAGCCCGUGGCUUCUAGGAUAUCCGGCGCCAUCCAUAGUCCCGGCGGCCUGCUGGCCAACCACAACGGCGCCGCGCCACCGCCCGCCGCUCACCUGGGUGCCCCCUCGGGCCCCAUGGCCGCUGCCAGCUUCGGCGGGCCUCUGCAGGGCGAGCCCGGUCGGCAGAUGCCGCAUGGCGGGCAGCCCGGUGCUGCGAGCCAGCACCAAGUCUUUGCGCCCAUUCCGCAUUCGCAGGCUCCUCCGGGUGCGUCCCAGCCUGCGCCGAGCGGCACGGCCUCAGUCUACGGAGGUGGUCCAUCGCAGCAGCAGCAGCAGCAGCAGCAACCGCAGCCACAGCCACAACAGCAGCAGCAACAGCAGCAAGCUCAGCAGGCCCAGCAGCAGCCCCCCCAGCCGCAACAGGAGGGCCAGCGUGGCGGCAUUACGCAGGGCCAGCAGCCCAUUUUAAAUGAUGCCCUGACGUACCUUGACCAGGUCAAGGUUCAGUUUCACGAUCAGCCCGAUGUUUACAAUCGAUUCCUAGAUAUCAUGAAGGACUUCAAGAGCCAGGCCAUUGAUACUCCAGGAGUGAUCAACAGAGUGUCCGAGCUGUUUGCCGGACACCCGAAUCUCAUCCAGGGCUUCAACACAUUUCUGCCUCCCGGCUAUAGAAUCGAAUGCGGCGCAGGAAACGACCCAAACACUAUCAGAGUCACCACCCCGAUGGGCACGACUGUCCAGUCCAUCGCUGGGCGCGGCCAAGGCGACGGCCAUGGCUCGGGCGGCAGCCAAGUCCCCUUCCCCGAGCGUGGCGGCCAGUGGCAGCAACGGGCUCAGCACAACGUCGAGAGCCCGGAAGCCAGCUUCAGCACCACGGCACAGAGCGGCGCCAGCCUUUUCGUCCAGGCGGCUGCACAGAACGCUGCGUUCGAGGCGGCUGGCCCGCAGAGGAACGCACCCCAGAUGCCGGGCAACGCGGGUGCUGCUGGUGGCCCAGCCCCUCGCGGUCCCCAGACCCCAGCUCCUGGUGCCGGUCCUGGCGGCGUCAACGGGAGUCAAGCCAGCAUGGAGCGCAGGGGCCCUGUUGAGUUCAACCAUGCCAUCAGCUACGUCAACAAAAUUAAGAAUCGCUUCCAAGACAAGCCAGAGAUCUACAAGCAGUUUCUUGAGAUCUUGCAGACGUAUCAACGAGAGCAGAAACCCAUCCAGGACGUCUAUGCCCAGGUCACGACCCUCUUCAACUCAGCCCCGGACCUUCUCGAGGACUUCAAGCAGUUCCUGCCAGAGUCGGCCGGGCAGGCCAAAGCAGCUCAGGGAAGGCUUGAGGACGCCUUGCCUCCGGGCCCGAGCCACACUCCGCAGCCGAGCAUGAGAGACGGGCAAAAGCUGCCCCCUCUCGGGAGCUUUGCCCCGCCUGCGAGCGCAAGCAAGGACAAGAAGCGCCCCCGCACCGACAAGCAGGCCCAGAGCGCCGAGGCCCUGCUUAUCGAGACGGCUGCGGUCGGACGAUUCCCACAGAAUGCCAUCAACGGCAACAAGCGACCCAAGCUCAGCCACGCCCGAGGGGCCGGGGACACUGCGGCGGCGAUUGAGCCAACGCUCACCCCGGUGAUGCCCGAGCCGUAUCCGGCGCGUGCCUCGGCAACCUCGAGCCAGGAAGAAAUAGCCUUCUUCGAACGUGUCAAGAAGUUCCUGAGCAACAGAUCUUCCAUGAACGAGUUCCUCAAGCUGUGCAACCUCUUCAGCCAAAACAUCAUUGACAAGAACACGCUCUUCCACAAGGGCGCGCUCUUCAUAGGCGCAAACCCUGACCUCAUGAGCUUCUGGAAGACAUUUGUUGGCGUCGACUCGCACGACGUCAUGAUUGACAAUCGGCCUGCGCCGCCGACCGAGAAGCUCUCUCUUAGCAACUGCCGCGGCUACGGACCGAGCUACAGGCUUCUGCCUAAGCGUGAGCGUCUCAAGCCGUGCAGUGGACGUGAUGAGCUGUGUAACUCGGUUCUCAACGACCAGUGGGCCUCUCACCCUACCUGGGCGAGUGAGGACUCUGGCUUCGUGGCGCACCGCAAGAACCAGUUUGAGGAAGGACUGCACCGCAUUGAGGAGGAGCGCCAUGACUACGACUUCAACAUUGAGAUCAACCUCAAAUGCAUCCAGCUGCUUGAGCCCGUGGCUCAGCAGAUGCUGGCCAUGUCGCCGGCAGAGAGGGAGGCCUUCCACAUGCCGGCGGCGCUUGCGGGUCAGAGCACCUCGAUAUUCAAGCGCAUCUGUAAGAAGAUAUAUGGCGAAAGGGGCAUCGAGGUGGUCAACGACCUGUUUAGCCACCCGUUCAACGUGGUGCCCAUCCUCCUCACCCGCAUGAAGCAAAAGGACGAAGAGUGGCGCUUCUCCCAGCGCGAGUGGGAGAAGGUGUGGCACGCUCAGACGGAGCACAUGUACCUCAAGAGCCUCGACCACAUGGGCAUCCUCGUCAAGAGCAACGACAAGAGGAACCUGACGGCCAAGCACCUCGUCGACGUCAUCAAGACCAAGCACGAAGAACAGCGGCGCGAGCGUGUCCUCAAGGGCAAGGCGCCCCGAUACCAGCUGGUCUGGGACUUUAGCGACAAGGACGUCGUUCUCGACCUGCUCCGCCUCAUGAUGCUCUACCCCCUCCAUAGCGGCCAGCACAGCGCCCAGGAGAAAGAGCGGCUUUCCGAGUUUUUCGAGUCCUUCAUUACGAACUUUUUCGACCUUAACGAGGACGCGGUGCAAGAGAGGGUGCCUAAGAUACCUCCUGACUCGGCCGAGGAAGAGGUCGAGGAUCCGAUGCCGACCGAGCUGGCCAACGGCCGCGGCAAGCGCAACGGCAAGAAAGGAGAUCUUCUUAGGGGGGUUCUCGAUCCCGGUCGCAACGGCAGCAAGCCGCGGAGCCAAAAGGAGGACAGCGCGGCGUCCGGGAGCAAGGAGACGACGCCCGACGUGGGAUCGGCCAACGAGGAAGAAAUGCCCGACGCGCUCGACGACGCAGCCGCCACCGAGGUCUCCAACGAGCGCUGGAUGCCGACGGUGCCCAAGCCGGUCGUUGUGGGUGGCGAUAACUCUCUCAUCGACGCCGAUGGCGAGCUCAAGGCCGACGGCUUCUUUCGCCGCCCGUGGUACAACUUCUUUGCAAACCAGACCAUCUUCGUCUUCUUCAGUAUCUUCCAGACCGUCUACGGCCGGCUCGUGGAGGUCAAAGAGAGCAAGGACAUUGUGUCGCGCGAGAUUGAGCGGCGCAAUCGACCCAAGCCUGCCCGAGACAUUGGGUUCGCGGAUACUAUUGUCAACUACUUUGAAGCCGACGAAGAUCCCGACAAGUUCUGGCCCAAGACGGUGGAGUUGAUCGAGGACUACCUUAUCGGCGAGAUCGAGGAGACGCGGUACCAGGAAGUGCUGCGUCACUACUACCUCCGGAGCGGCUGGAAGCUGUACACCAUCCAGGACCAGCUCAAGACGCUUUGCCGCCUCGCCCUGACGUGCACCAGCAACGACGCAAAGGAGAAGACACCGGACCUGAUCCACCAGUACCUCAUGAGCCGCGAGAAGGAUGAGACGAGCUACCAGACGGAGAUUAGCGCGCGCAAGUUUGCCGAGAAGUGCGUCAAGGAAGGUGACAUUUUUGUGAUUUGCUGGUUUCCGCAGAAGGCCGAGGCCACGGUCCGCUGGCUGCAGCGCAACGACACGACGUUUUACAUGGACGAGAUGCAGUUGCGCGAGCGCUGGCAAUACUACAUCUCGUCGUUUAUCCGCGUGGAGCCGACCGAGGGCAUCCCGCGGUCCAAGCUGCAAAAGGUGGUACUUACGCGCAACAUGCCCUCGGGGGACACGGACUCGGACGACGACAACGUGCCCAAGCCCCUGCUGUAUAGCGAGAACCUGACGACGAGCAUCUGCCUCAAGAGCUCCAAGAUGGUCUGGGCACCCGGCACGUCCGAGUACUUCAUCUACGACCAGUCGCCCAAGACGCCCAUCAUGUCCGAGCGACGGGAUAACCUCCGCUCGGCGCUCAGCACCAUUCGCAAGAACAAGCUGCAGGACAAGAUGGUGCAGAACCCCCCGUGGACGAGGGACAUGAGCCCGGACGAGGUGCGCGAGCAUGUGGACGCCUUUGCCAGGUGGAAGGACGAGGGCAUCGUGCCGACAGCCGGCGACGGCGAGGGGGACACGGACUGA